CUUUAUUUCUUCAUUGUCCGGUCCCUUUUCGCCCUUGCUGUCCGGGUGCGCCUCGCCGGUAGGAGCCGUGAGGAGGGAAGCGGGCCGUCAAGUCGUCGCUUCAGGUGGGGUCUGCUUCGCUCACUGAGACUCAAAGCGGAUGACACAGAGCUGCCGGUGGGAAGUGGGUUGACUGGAACUUCCCUGAUUCUCAGAGGAAGGGACGCUGUUGAUGUCAUAAGAUAGAGAAUGGUCAUAAAAGAUGCUAAGAAGUACAAUGCUGAGGGAGCUGUGCAGAAAAAGAAUAAAAUAAAAAGGGCUACCAGCAAUGAGCCUGUUGUUAUAAUAGAUGAUGAUGCUCUACCCACAAAGACCAAGGGGAAAAAAAAGAAACGCUCAGUAGAAGAGAACAAUUCAUAUCUGAAGAAGAAGAAGAAGAAGAAACUGGACUGUAAAUUAAAUAAUGCAGCAUGCAUAGACUUUCCCAUUAUUAUGCAAAGCAAUUCAGAUUCAGAAUCAAUAAAAGAAACAGAAAAACAACCUAAGGUGUUAAAGAAAAAGAGGAAAAGAAGACUUUACUGUGAGCAAGAGAGCAUUCCAAGCCAAGGCCAAUCAACAGAAAGUCAGGAAGUCUGUGUCCUUGCUGGUAAAAAACGCAAAAGGCAUGUCCCUGACACCUGUGGAGGUGACAGUGAAUAUAAUACAAAGAGGAAGAAGAAGAAGAAACACAAGCUUGCUUGUUCCUUGAUUCUGUCACAAGCUGAAGAUGAUUAUUCUGAGACAGACUUGUCUGCCACGGUAAAAACCAUUUCUCAUGAAAUGAGGCUCUCAGAUAGAAAACGGACUCUUGUCCAGAAUGCUGUAAGCAAGGGGCAAAGCAGAAUUAUUUGCUCUAUAAUAUCUGUGGACCAUCGAGGAACCAGCAGUAGGAUUUUGAAGAAAGGUACUGCAGACCCAAUCUGUGAGCUACAAGAAGAAAAUUAUUGUAAGCAAGAUCAGAAGGACAUAGCCCGUAUGUUGAAAAAGAGAAGAGAAGUAGCAGAGCCAAAGAAGAAAAAGUCAAAGAAGAAGUUGAAGAAGGAGGAAGUUGAUUUCCUUUUGACAUCUGUAGGUAACCAGGAAAACCAUCCUGUUUCUACACAUACUCUUUGGAAGACCAAAUCAGAAGAAAAACAGGAGAAAACUAAUCAGAUCCAGAACUCUAAAGAAGACAGAAAAGGCCUCAAGAAGAAAAAAAUCUAUGCCAAAGUUGCAAAUAAUUGCUCAGAUCUUCUGGAGGGCAACAAAGAUGUGUUUGACUGGGAGGAGAAAGCAGCAAUAAAAAGAGCUAAAAAGAAAACCAAAAAAUCAAAGAAGGAGAGAGAUCAAGCAGCACGUUUAGAGAACUGCAGCUUCCAAGAGAACAGUGGUAAGCAGCAUAACACCAAGAGGAAGGCAGAGAAGAGCAAAGGGUCCAAGGAACAUGAGGAAGAGCCCAUUUCGAAGCAAGCAAAAAUCAAGAAAGAAGCAAAGGAAAGGGAAGAUGAAAUACAAGUUGUGGCAAUUAAGAAAGGAAACUGCGAUGAAAUACGCAUAGACAAGUCAAGACGGCAGGCUCUCCAAGAAGAAAUUGAUCGGGAAUCCGGUAAAACAAAGGCCGUCAAGGAAGAGGACGAAUUGGAUCACCAUUUUGGUCAGUGGAGCACGGCAACCUUUGACAGUACAGAGCGAAAAACAAAGUUUCUCAGACUGUUGGGUGGUUUUAAGAAAGGUCCAGCGUUGACCCAGGAGCUGCCAACAAAUGUGAUGAAACAUAACAUGGCUCUGGCCAGGCAUGGAGAGGAGAAACUGCAGCGGUCCCUGCAGGCUCAGUUUGAGAAAGCAUCGGAUUGGAAGCAACAGCGAGGCGCCGGCCUCGGGUUCCAGUCAGCUCCUCAGAAACACACAUACAUAGAUAAAUAUGCUUCGAAAUCUAUAAAAUUAAAGGACUAAACUAUGGGUAAGAGACUGGUUUUAUAUGCAGUGGUUUAUUUUUUGUGACGGGGAAGAUUAACAUUUGUUAAAGUGAGUAACAAACUUCACCUGACUUCAGGUUAAUACAUUCAACAUGUCAAUGAAUGAAAACUUCUACCUCUCUGCUCCCAUAUCGUUCAUGGUCAGGGAACAAGCAUCUUCCUCCAAAGACUUUGCUACCUUUUGAAAGCUCAGAUUCAUCCCACUGCAUUUUGAAAACUGGCUGUUUGGGUCUGAACUAUGGGGUCAUUUCAUGUUUUUCCAGGGGGAGGGGAAUGAAAUUCUUUUGAUUUUUCAGGGCUUUUGUACUGGGGUCUGAACAACUUCAUAGCCUCAACAGUAGUCUAAGCUCAUUAUUUAAAUGUGUUAUUGUUUAACUUUAUUAAAAUAAUAUUCUUUUUAUUUGA